AAUUUUCUAGUCACUUCGCAAACGGCCGCAAAAAAAAUGGAGCUCGAAAUACUCAGUGCAAAAACCAGCAAAUCCUAUGGCAAGGUAAAGGUGCCCACGGCCUCCACUCCCAUUGGGGAUUUGCGCGCCCUGAUUCACAAGAGCCUGAACAAGACACCGGACGCCAACCGCCAGUCACUGCGGCUGGAUGCGCGUGGCAAGAGCCUGAAGGACACGGACACCGUGGAGUCGCUGUCGCUGCGCAGUGGGGACAAGAUCUAUGUGAAGGACCUGGGACCCCAGAUUGGAUGGAAGACAGUGUUCUUGGCCGAGUAUGCCGGGCCCCUGAUUGUGUAUCUGAUUUUCUAUUUCCGCCCGGAACUAGUCUACGGCAAGGCAGCCAGCAUACCGAUCUCCCUCACCACCCAUAUCGCCGCCGGUUGCUACACUGUCCACUAUGCGAAGCGUUUGCUGGAGACGAUCUUCGUGCACCGCUUCUCGCAUGCCACAAUGCCGUUGCGCAAUCUGUUCAAAAAUUGCACCUACUACUGGGGAUUCACCGCGUAUGUGUCGUACCAUGUCAACCAUCCUUUGUACACAUCGCCCUGCAUGUGCACCGUCUGGGCUGCCCUUGGAGCCUUCGCUCUGUGCGAAUUGGGCAACUUCUCCAUUCACAUUGCACUGCGUAACUUGCGCCCACCGGGCACUAAGGUGCGCAGGAUUCCAGUCGCCGACGCCAAUCCGUUGACCAAGCUGUUCAACCUUGUUUCUUGCCCGAACUACACCUACGAGAUUGGCGCCUGGGUCUCCUACUCGGUGAUGACAUCUUGCCUGGCCGCCUAUCUGUUUGCCUUCGCUGGCGCCUUCCAGAUGAGCGUCUGGGCCCUGGCCAAGCAUCGCAACUACAAGAAGGAGUUCAAGGAUUAUCCCCGGCAGCGCCGCUCCAUCUUCCCAUUUGUCCUGUAAAUGGCACCACAAUUCAUUGCGUUCGCAGUUCUCGACGCUGUAUUACCUAUUCCAUUUGGUUAGCAUUUAACGGGUAGUGUAGUUGAUUUAUGAACUUUGUGCUUUCGUUCGUUUAAAGCAGAAAUACAUAUUGGGGAAGAGUA